UUUCAAGAAAAGAUAAAAGGAAACCUAGAGAGAGAGAGAAGAGAGAGAGAGAGAGGGUGUGGGGGAACGCAGGAGAGAGAAAAGUCUCUGCAAAAGAGCUUUUUUUGAGACUCUCUCUCUCUCUUCCCAUGGCGGAUUCAAACAUUCAUGAAUCAUUCCGCCUUUCACAUCCCAUAUUCAUCUCUUUCUUGAUUCAACUGGGUCGCAAUUGACUGCAUUUCCCAUCAUCAAUCCUAAAUAUUCCAAGAACAAAUAUUAUAAUAAAUCAAGUAAGACCAUAUAAUCAUGGGAAAUUGCUGUGUGACCCCUUCUUCCGACAAGAAGAACAAGAACAAGAACAAGAAGAACAAGCCGAACCCAUUUUCGAUCGAUUUCGAUGUGAAUCACGGAUCCGGGGGUUCGAAGAAGCUCGUGGUGUUGAAAGAUCCGACGGGCCACGAUCUUAUCGACAAAUUCGAUAUCGGAUGCGAGCUCGGAAGGGGCGAAUUCGGGGUGACGUAUUUGUCCACCGAUGUGGAGACCCGCGAGAAGUUCGCGUGCAAGUCGAUAUCGAAGAAGAAGCUUAGAACUGCGGUGGAUAUCGAGGAUGUGAGGAGGGAAGUCGAGAUAAUGAAGCAUAUGCCGAAGCAUCCGAAUAUUGUUAGCUUGAAGGACACUUACGAAGAUGAUAGUGCAGUUCAUAUCGUAAUGGAAUUGUGCGAAGGCGGUGAAUUGUUCGAUCGGAUUGUGGCGAGGGGGCAUUAUACCGAGAGAGCUGCGGCUUUUAUCAUGAAGACUAUUGUCGAAGUUGUUCAGAUGUGCCAUCGGAACGGAGUGAUGCAUCGUGAUCUAAAACCGGAGAAUUUUCUUUUCGCGAAUAAGAAAGAAACGUCUCCCCUUAAAGCAAUCGAUUUUGGGCUGUCGGUUUUCUUCAAACCUGGUGAGAGGUUUAACGAGAUUGUCGGGAGUCCUUAUUACAUGGCUCCUGAGGUACUUAAACGUAAUUACGGACCGGAGAUUGACGUGUGGAGUGCUGGAGUCAUCCUUUAUAUUCUGCUUUGUGGUGUUCCUCCUUUCUGGGCAGAAACGGAGCAAGGUGUGGCUCAAGCAAUUAUUCGAUCUGCAAUCGACUUUAAGAGAGAUCCUUGGCCUAAAGUUUCCGAUAAUGCAAAAGAUCUUGUCAAGAAAAUGCUCGAUCCAGAUCCGACUCGGCGCCUUACAGCUCAGCAAGUCCUCGAGCAUCCUUGGUUAUUAAAUGCGAAGAAGGCAUCAAACGUGUCGCUGGGUGAGACAGUGAAAGCGAGGCUAAAACAAUUUUCUGUGAUGAAUAAGCUCAAGAAAAGGGCAUUACGGGUGGUGGCUGAGCACUUGUCUGUGGAGGAAGUGGCCGGAAUUAAGGAAGCAUUCGACACAAUGGACACUGGCAAAAGGGGCAAACUCAACCUCGAAGAAUUCAAAAUUGGUCUGCACAAACUCGGCCAUCAAAUACCCGAGCCGGACGUUCAGAUUCUAAUGGAAGCUGCGGAUGUUGAUGGAGAUGGAGCGUUGAAUUACGGUGAAUUUGUUGCCGUCUCUGUGCAUCUAAGAAAAAUGGCGAACGACGAGCACCUUCACAAAGCCUUUGCAUUUUUCGACAGAAACGAGAGUGGGUAUAUUGAAAUCGACGAGCUUAGAGAUGCUUUGAGCGACGAAGACGAUGCCAAUAGUGAGGAGGUUAUUAUUGCUAUAAUGCACGACGUCGAUACGGAUAAGGAUGGGCGAAUAAGUUACGAGGAAUUUGCAUCGAUGAUGAAGGCGGGUACAGAUUGGAGAAAAGCGUCGAGGCAAUAUUCGCGGGAGAGAUUCAACAGUCUUAGCUUGAAGUUAAUGAAAGAAGGCUCUCUACAUUUAGCUAACGAGGGUAGAUAAUAUUUAUUUAAAAAGACAUAAUUGUUUUUAAGAGAAGGAAAAAAAAAAAAGGUGCUUGAAAAGGGAUAUUCCCUAAUCUUAUUCUCCCUCGUGUUUUUUGGAUUUUUAUUAGUGAAAUGUUUUUAACUGUGGAAAUGUUGCUGAGGCUGAUUUCA